AUGUCGUUGGGAAGCGCGCUACUGUGGCAACACAUCCAAUCUGAUAUCCUCGGCGAAGAAAAAGCACAACCCUCUACAACAUUGACGACACUUUUCCCUCAGAAGUUUUCAAACAGCUCUAAGAGGGCGAAGAAUAUAUCCAAGGCAAUCGCGUUCUUCAUAUGUAGAGACAUACGCCCCUAUUGCGUGGUGGAGAACGAAGGCUUCCGUUACCUGCUCGACACUCUGGAGCCGAGGUAUUGCAUUCCCUCGCGACAGCACUUCAGCGAAUCAGUGAUUCCAAAGUUGUAUGCCAAAGUUCGUGAUGGUGUCAUUCAAGAGUUGCAGAAGGCACAGCGCGUAGCUGUAACAUGUGACGGAUGGACCUCCUGCACUACAGAGUCAUUCAUCACAGUAACAUGCCACUUCAUUGACCACGAAUGGGAGAUGCACAAUUACGUGUUACAGACGCGUGUGCUGGCGGAGACACAUUCAGGAGUUAACCUCGGACACGUCCUGCGAGCUGCGUGUGAAGAGUGGGGUCUGAGUGACAAAGCGCCAGCCCUCAUCACGGAUAAUGCAUCCAAUAUGAAGAGGGCUGGGGAAGAGGCCGGGAUGUCACCCCACAUCAUGUGCUUCGCGCACACACUCAAUCUGUCCACUCAAGAUGGCCUCAAAAUUGCAGCCACGGACAGGCUGUUGGGUCGAGUUAGGAGAAUUGUGAGUUUUUUCCAUCGCAGCGCAGUUGCCACAGCAGUAUACAAGGAAAAACAAAAACUGCUUGACCUCCCGUGCCACAAGCUUAAAUCGGACGUGAAGACAAGGUGGAACAGUUCAUUCGAGAUGUUAGAGCGAUUCCUGGAACAACAGCCUGCAGUGACGGCAACACUCCUGGACAAGAAGCUGAGGAAAGGCGCAAGCGACAUUCACACUCUCACGGAAAGUGACCUAACCGCAGCAGAGCAAAUGGUUAGCUUGUUGGCCCCACUGAAAGCUGCCACCACGCUCAUGUGCGAAGAAAAGCAACCCACAGUAUCAAUCAUCGCACCCCUCAGAACGAAAUUGCUGACGCAUUUCGAAUGUGCACCGGACGACACUCCCUUGAUCAGAGACAUGAAACGAGCCAUGGCCGAGGAUCUCCAAGAACGGUACGAAGACGAGGAACCAUUCUUACACCGUGCAGCUGCGUUGGACCCGAGGUUUAAAAAGCUCCCGUUCCUGAUGAAAAAAGAAACCAAACCUUUGAAUUUACAGAAUGAAGCAGAGGCCCAGGCCCAGAAAACACCUCCUCGUGCCCAGACGUGUGAUGAUGAAUGGGAAACUGAGACUGAAGAAGCACCCCCAGCUUCCAAGAAAACAAAAGUAUUGGAUGACUUGUUUGGUGACUCCUUCAGCACUGAGGACCUAAGUGUCAGGAAGAAAACAUCCAAGGAGCUAGUCAAUGAUGAAAUUAGGAAGUACAGAGACAUUGCAUCUCUGAGCCUGGGUGGUAAGGUGCUAGAAUGGUGGAAAGCUCACCAGGCUGAGUUUCCUCUCUUGGCCGACCUGGCCAAGACCUACUUGUGCAUACCUGGUACAAGUGUACCAUCAGAACGUGUCUUUAGUACAGCAGGGGACAUUGUGCGUUCAGAACGUAGUCUUUUAUCCUCUGAGCAUGUGGACCAGCUGAUUUUUCUAAAGAAAAAUCUGUCCAUAAGCACAAUUGAAAUUAUUGAACUGUAA